CUUAAUAAAAUGCAUUUAAUGCAUUGUUGUCGAGAUUGUUAUCAGCUAAAUUUACUAGAGUAAUAGCUGUUCAAGGUGUAAGUGAUAGCACAAGUAGAAUUACAAAAGUACAGUGCGAACCAAUAAAUUCCUCCAAAAAAUGGCUGGAGACGUUAAAUAUGAGAAACGACAGAAUCCACAAAAGGCUCUGUCCAAACGAGUAAUGCAUCUGACCACAUCAGCAAUACUGCUGUGCAACAUUUCCUUUGGAUGCUCUAUCAAUGCAUUUGCACCAGCCUUGGAUAAUUUGGCAUCGAGAUAUAAAACGACAAUCGAGGACAUUGCGUUUGUGUUUACUCUAGUAACAAUCUCGUAUUGCAUCGGCUCGAUUAUAUGUGGCUUCCUGUCGAAGUACGUCAAUCGUCAGUUGAUCGUCAUAAUCAGUUUGUUGGCAAUGGCAUUGUCAAUGUUUAUGACCCCAUACUGUCCAACUAAACUGCUGUUUUUCGGUUGCGGUGGACUGUUUGGCUUUUCUAGUGGAUUUUAUGGCUCAUCUCAAAUCAUUUGGAUAAUCGAAAUCUGGCAACAAAACGCUGGUCCAUUCAUUCAAGCUCAACAUUUUUGCUUUUCUUUAGGCACCAUUAUUCCAUCCGUGGUUUUAGCUCCGUUCCUUGACAAAGAUGAACACAGUCAUGCGAAUGCUACUGAGACAGCGCUUCCAGAACAGUCAACGAUUCACACUCCAUUUUUGAUCAUAGGAACGUUCAAUUCGUUAGCACUUCUCUACCAGUUGUUUCUGUUCAUCUUCUACAGAUACCACACCCCUCCCAUGUAUGUUGAUGAGAAAUUCGAACCGCUUGCUUGUGCCGAAGAUAAUCCACCUCCUACAGAAACUGACGUCAGUGGAAACGUUCCAUUGGAGGAAUCAGCACAAAGCCACGGUAAUGUAAAGUGCGGAGUCAGCAGCAGAAAGAUUCAAUUGAUUGCGUUUGCUAUGCUAUUUGUUGGCGCCUAUCAGGCUAUGGAAAUAUCAACCAUGCAAUUCCUUCCCAUUUUCGGUCAGUACAGCGAUCUGAAACUGUCCGAAUCGGAUGCUGCCCACGUACUCAGUGGACUGAUGGCUAUGUUUGCCACUGGCAGGCUAGUCGGAAUAAUUAUCAUUUUCAAAGUGCGACCGGAGUUUAUUGUAGUCGUCAAUCUCAUCUUAAUCGCCGCGGGAAAUACGAUUUUGUCGGUAUGGGCGAGUGAUAGUGUGUCCAUGUUCUGGAUUGGAAGCAUGAUCUUGGGAGCCGGAUUCUCGACAAUGUUUCCGAGUUUUUUCACAUUCAUCGAAAAGCAUCUGAUCAUUUCGGGCAUCUUUGCUUCGUGCAUAAUGGUAGUUGGCACAACCACAUCAUCCAUGUAUCCGAUUAUACUCGGGAAGGUUAUAGAGCAUCAAGCUGUUGUGUUGACGUACACGAAUUUUGCAAGUAUAAGUGUUUGCGUCAUAGUCAUGUUUUGGGGCUACUACUUGACGCAAACGACAGUCGCUCGGGAAUGAUAGUCUUCCCAAGUAUAUGCAACAAAAUUCAACUGUUGGUUGCCAAUGGAAGGAAAUAGUAAGCCAAUAGACGCCAAUGGAAGUAGGAGGGACCGAGUUUGCUCUCAUAGUUUCCACCUCGAAAAAAUUCGGCCGAAAAUUUUAACAACUCCUUCAGGCGACAUGACAUUAAAUUUGAAUCUAUUAUUUAAUAAACUGCACCGUUAUUGAUCUACUAAAA